UCCGGUACAUGGCUCAAAGGCUGUACGACAGAAUCAGAUGCAGGAGCAUCAAGAAGAGCAGCAUUCAGGAAAAGAGGCCAGAAAAGAUCAGAAUGGCAUCCGUGGCACUGUGAGAUUUUCAGAGAUAUCUUUGAGCAUUCCUGGUUUUGACAGAUACACAACAGCCAAGAUCACAUAUUGCAUACCUGAUGGCAUACAGGGGGAUACCGAUCCAUGUCCCGGGUCAUCAUUCCAGGGUGGUCUGUUUGAGGCCUACCUGCCACUCAGCUCAAAAGGAUGGGCUUUAUUGUGCUGCCUUAAAAAGGCUUUUCAUCAAGGGCUAACUUUUGCUGUAAGUCCAGGCAAGAUUGACGGUGAAGGUGGAAAAGUGACCUGGGGAAAGAUUCCUCACAAGACAAAGAUGGACGGAGGAAAGAGUCUGAAUGGAUAUCCAGACUCAUCAUACCUUAACCACUUAACAGAGAUACUGGUGGCUCAUGGGAUUGAAUGAGUACCUGCGAUUAGUCAAGAUCAAGUCAAAUCCUAAUGGUGAUAUGACUACCACAAGUCUUCAUCCUGACCACACAUAAUUCGUAAAUAGUGCUGUACACAAAGUAAAUGAUUUUCAGUCUGUACACAAAAUCAUUUUGGAUUAGAGAACUGUUAAAGGCAACUAGUAAUCAUUUAGCAUUCAGUAUUUUUAAUAUCAAUUACUUGUGAUUUAUAUUGUAAUGAAUGUGGAAUGAUACUCUUAAAUAUAGUUUUAUUAAUACGUACAGUAUAAAUAACGUUCAACCUCUGUAAAUUCUGCAUCGAUUGAAUGUCUCUUUGAAUACAAAAUCUUAUUUUAGAGUUUGUGUAUUUUAGUCUGUGUAAUUGUAUAGAUGAUUUGUUGAAAAUGUGUUUUUAACCUUCUUCAUUAUACAUGUACAAGAAAACUAUAGUGUUUUGAUGUGUAUUGCCUACUCUGGCUUUUAGUUGUGGUAUUACUGCUGAACUAGUUUGUGUAUAAUUUUGUUGUACAACCUUUCAGUUCAGCAAAGUAAAACGUAUUUUGUUUGUCAGUCAGUUAUCAGCAGUAGAUGGUAGGUUUUUACAUUUUCAACCCAAAUUGUAAGUGGCACUUGCCCAUGCAAACCUUAUUCUGCAAAAGAAUAAAACUUAAGACAGUGAAAACUUGCCCAGUGUGAGUAGUGUUUGUACUGUAAAAUUCACCUCAGUCAACCUAACUUUAUCAGGGUUAUUGAUGCCACAGGA